UCUAAGAAAAUUAGGAAGCCAAGACCCUGGAAGCAUCCUGAACCAAUUACAAUGGACAAUAUGUGGAUGAAGAUGCGUGAGGAGUUUUGGGACACCGCACCGCAUUAUGGUGAGAGACAAGAGAUAUGGGAUGCUCUGCAUGCCGCAGCAGAAGCAGAUCUAACGCUUGCCCAAGCAAUUGUGGAUAGUGCUGGCGUGAUUGUUCAGAGAGCUGACUUGACAGUAUGCAUGAUGAAAGAGGGGCUAUAUCCAUCUAUUCUCCCAGUCCCCCGCUCGCUUCUUGCCCACCGCAAACUAGAAAUCUUUUCCGUCUCUGUUGUUCUGUCCAUAAUCUAAUCCAUGCGAUGAUGAUUGU